CAUAAAGAAGCUGGUCUUGAAGAAGCGCUGCUGUGCUGUACCGAGUCCCAGUCUGCAGGAGAAGGGAUGGAUGAUGAUGAUGAUGAUGAUGAUGAUGAUAACCAAAUCCUCUUCACCAGUGGUGCCUUUAAACGUCCGCGCUGGGUGUGGACACAGGAACCAGCUCCUGGUCCUGCUAUUGAAGAAGGGAUUGUCAUUCACUGUCUAAUAUGAGUGCUGUACACCUAACUUUGUUUUUAUGUGCUCCUGUUGUGCCAUAAAUCAAUACAGUAUAUUUAAAUGAACAACAUACAACAUUAAAUCAUCUUUAUUAAAGGGAUAGUUCACCCAAAAAUGAAAAUUCCGUCAUUAAUUCCUCACCCUCAUGUCGUUCCAAACCCGUGAGACCUUCGUUCAUCUUCGGAACACAAAUUGAGAUAUUUUUGAUGAAAUCCGAGAGCUUUCUGACCCUCCUGUAGACAGCAAGGGAUCUACCAUGAGUAAUGUCCAGAAACAUAGCAAGGACACUGUUAAAAUAAUCAGUCGGUUCAACUUUAACAUUACAAAUUAACGAGAAUACUUUUUGUGCGCAAAGAAAAAACAAUGCAUACAUUGUUUACGUAUGUGAUGCGCUCCAAAAUGGCUCCAGGAUGACAUGGAGGAGGUUAAUUGUUGAAUAAAAUGGUUAUAUUUCUUUUAUGCACACAAAAAGUAUUCUCGUAGCUUCGUUAAAUUAUGGUUGGAACACUGAUGUCACGUGGAUUAUUUUAACAAUCUCCUUGCUACGUUUCUGGACCUUGACCCGUGGUAGUGUUCUCGCUGACUAUGGGAGGGUCAGAAAGCUCUCGGAUUUCAUCAAAAAUAUCUUGAUUUGUGUUCUGAAGAUGAACGAAGGUCUUGUGGUUCGGAACGUCUCGUGGGUGAGCAAUUAAUGACAGAAUUGAAAUUUUUGGGUGAACUAUCCAUUCUAGUAAGAUAACAUCGUCGCAGCUCAAGACAGUGUGCUACAAUUCAACGGUUCAUCUAUACUGUGUAUUGGAGCAUUGUGACACCUCUCCUGCUGGAUCAGGAGAAUCUAGUAGGCCAGAAUGGAAAAGCUAGAAGAAUCUGAAAUUCACAUAUACUGGAAACCCAUAUUAUCCCACAAUUUGUGAAAAAUCACAAAAAAUUAAAUAAAUCCAAAAUUUUGUCACCCUUUAAGUUCAUUGUUAAAUUGUACAUGACAUUAGUUGGCUGACCAUUGUUUUACUGUACUAACCAAAUAGUGCAAUACAAAAGCGACCGGACUGAGGAUUUUCUCGGACCUCUUGGAAGCAUCUUGUUUUAUUCCAUUUUUGCAGCCUGUCUGAUUAAUGCUUUGUCAUUUUAACACUAUGGCACUUUUUACACAAAGUAUUUUCUGAUAUUUUUGUAUCUGUGGUUAUCUUCUGUAUCAUUUCAAUAAUGUCUGAGAUGCUGCUGAUUUUUUUUUUCUUCUCAGCUUCAAAAGUGAGAGAUGUCAUUUCAGCUUGAAUGUUCAAAAAUGAUCACUAUUUAGAUAUUUCCCCCCCACUGUAUCAGGCAAUGGGCAGUAUUGUUCUUUGUACAAAUAAUGGGAGGUAUUAAAUGUCACCAAGCAUGUAAAUUAAUACUGGUCAAUAAAAUAGAAUUAAGCCCCGAAGAGCCCUCAAAAUCAAGUUAUUUUGUGAUGAUGAUAUACUAGCAUGAGCAUGAUAUACUAGUAUAAAAUAGCAUAGUCAAAUACAAAUAAUUUUUAGGUUUAAAGUAAAAAAAUAUAUAGUCACGUGUGGCACACAAAAUUGGAGAUAAUUGUGUAUUAUAUCCUUCAGUGCAUCAUUACAAUAACAUUGAUUCUCCACUGAGCCACAAAAGAAGGUCACGUCUUUCAGUAUGAGUUACAUAAUCAAUCAAUUAUGACGUUUCUGAAGCAUGCAGUCACAGUGCUUUUCUGUAACGUGAUAUUUGUUUAUAUGUAAAUAUUAAUGAGUAGGCGGGGCGGAGUCUCGAGCUGCUGCAUGUGUAUCAAAGGGUUGCAAACUGACCGAUGUGUCUCCUGAAAAAGCACUCUCUUGUCUGCAAUGCUGGUCCAAAUAACGUGGGAUUCACUUUUUACUGACGGAGUUUUGUUGGAGAGUAGAAAAUAUCGUGUGUCGUUCAUUUCUUGUUGAUAAAAUGUGAUGGGCGGCGACGGGAGUAAGAAUAAGGACUCCGCAUCGCUGGUGAAGAGGAGAUCCCUGUCAUGUGAUCAGGGCUUCCUGUCUGUCCCGGCUCAGCUUGUUCAUCACAGUGUGUUUAGACGCAGUGCCCAGCACAGAGAAGACCCCGUCUCUAAUCAGUCUCGGCCCUCAGACUCAAACCCUGAGGGACCUCGUCUAGAGUUUAUUUCCAGUUUCCUCCCCGAAUUUCCUCAAAGUUUUACUGGGCAUAAGCAUUUACAGAUUCUUGGUUUUGUAGCUAAAGGCUCGUUUGGUCCAAUCUUGAAGGUGAAGGACGUGUCUACAGAUGAGACCUAUGCUAUUAAGGUUUUAUCCAAAGCUGAGGUUUUGAGAAACGGAGUCCUCCAGCAGUCCAAAGAGGAGGUGAUCAUUCAACGCCAGGUCAGACAUCCUUUCCUCCUCAGUCUCCGGGACUGUUGGCAGAGCCAGAGCAAUCUCUUCAUCAUGUGUGAUUACUGCAGCACUGGCGAUCUCUAUACUUACUGGAGCCUGAAGGGCCGCUUUGAUGAGAGAGAUGUUCGAGUGUUUGCUGCCGAGUUGGGCUCUGCUUUGGGCUUUUUGCACGACUUUGGAAUAAUGCAUAGGGAUGUAAAGAUGGAAAACAUACUUCUGACUGAUAAAGGUCACCUCCGCUUGACUGAUUUCGGGCUGUCUCGUCGUCUUGAGCAUGGGGACAGAGCUUUUACUAUCUGCGGCACAAUACAGUACAUGGCUCCUGAGGUCCUGAGCGGCGGGCCGUACAGCCACGCUGCAGACUGGUGGUCUCUUGGUAUUCUUCUCUAUGCUCUAGCCACUGGAGGGUUUCCUCUGCCUGCGGAAGCAGAUCACGGUGAUAUGCUGUCCAGUGUCAGUGAGUGUCCAUAUGACAUGCCUGACAACCUCAGUCCAGCUCUGGCCUUCCUGCUCAUAGAGCUUCUGUGCAAGAUCCCCACACGUCGUUUACGCUGCCUGGAGCUCUUCCAAAGCCAGAAGUUUUUCCACGGCAUGUCUUUUGACUCCCAGCUGCUGCAGAAAAGUCCCAUUGAGCCAAUCCUCGAGCUGAAGAAUCAUCCUGACCGACCGGAAAGGUCGAUGCGAGGUUUAUCAUUAGAUCUGCUUCAGAAUUUUGAGUGUGACCUACAGAACUCUCCAUCAAACCCUGCAGAUUUGUCUCCUACCUAGAUGAAGAUUAAAGGGGUAUUUCACCCAAACAUUUUAAUUUGAUGUUAGACCUGUCGCGAUAGUCGAUAAAUCAAUUAAUCACACAAUUUAAAAAAAAUUAGCUCGAUAAUUUUUUCGGACGCGAUAAUUUCGUUUUUCUAUUUGUAUUUUUAAAAUGUAACAUGAUGGGGGGUUAGUCUGGAGCGCAGCCUGUGGACAGCCGGCGGCAGAAAACACUCUCCGAUAGCACAGAUGUCCCGGGAAUAAAAAGAUAAUGUCUCGCUAGAGUGGCCAGCGCCUUUCAUUUGUUUGUGGAUGUUUGCGUCGCAAGUGAUACUUGCAAUACUGCUUUAUUUUAAUACCACAUAGCAUAUUUAGCAAGUAACUUCGUUGCCCUUUCUGUCGAAAUGGGCCUACUUUUCGCUCGCUUCAUUUGGCUUGCUCAGCUAAAUAUGUCUGUAGGCGCGUGGUUGCAUGUGUCAAUGCACCCAGUGAGUUAACACACACACGCGCAUGUGGCUUUCUCCUUCUUUCCAAAGCGUUUGGGCAGUUGCGCUCCUGAGGCGUCUGUUGUUGCCAAGCAUCCAUUAGCUGCGAUAUCUGUUACGGAAAUUUCAGUAAUGGAUUUACACCACUGAAAAACCCUUGCUGUCACUCUGCUACGAGAUUUAUUUCCGAAGAAAAGUAAAAAACGCAGUGUUUGGGUGCACACCAUUCUUCAAAUACAACGGGGAAUUUCACCCCGAAGGAAGCUGAUUGAGUUGGUUCUUGUCACAUGACCUGGUGCGCUUGCAUCAUUCUGAAAAGCUGAGAUGUUUUAAACUAGAUGUGGUGCGGACGCGCCUGGAAAAAACGAGUGCAUCUCUUCUAUUAUGAGCAUGCAUACCGCAUUUGAAAUAACGAAAUUGAGCACAAAAAAGACGUGAUAUGUAAACUUCAUCGGUCAAAAUGUUUACUUUCGGUUAACGGUUAAACGGUCAAUAUGAGCAUCCCUAAC